CCAAACAAAGAGAAUUAAUGGAAAGUGAGAUUUGCAAGAUUUAUUCUCCUCCUUCUUGUCCUCUCAUCUCAUUUUUUUUUGUCCACCAUCAAAACAUCAAAACCAAAUACCAAAACCCUUUUUCUUUCUAGUCAAUGCCCUCUCCUUCUCUCUUCUUUGCACAUUCUCAAUAUUAUUCUCUAAUUUCUCUCAUAUUAUAUAUAUAUAAAGUCUGUCCCUCAUGGCUGCUAGUUGCUUUGAGAUCCACCUGAAAUGAACAACAAAUGGUUCCUCCUACUUAUGCUCCUCUUCCUUCCUUUCCUUUUAAUCUCUUCUCUCCAAGUUUUGCUCUCAUGAGUCAUUUUGAGGGUUUCCAUAAUAACAAUAAUACUAACAAUAAUUCUCAUGAUCAUCAUCAUCAUCAUCUCUUUCCUCUUCAACAUGAUUCAACAACAACCAACCAAAACCCUUCUACUUCUAAGGAUCUAACUCUUCAUGACCAUGUUGCGGUCGAUAAGAGUUGGCUUCGCCUUAGCAUCGGCGCUGCCACCCCUGACGUCGUCGUCCACAACCAUCAUCAACCGCCAGGGUUUGGCUUUGGCUUGACUGAGCUCGAUUUAUUACCCUCUGACGACGGCGGCGUUGGUUCGAAAUCGUCGUUGGGGGUCGUUGGAGAUUUUUCUACAACUCCGGCGUUGGUUUUGCCUCCGCCGCCACCGGAGCUUAAUUGGACGUUUAGACCUAUCUCCUCUUAUAACUCUUCCUCUUCUAAUUGUUCAUCUUCUUUUAUUCCAUUUGCUCCUUACUUUUCAAACCCCUUUCAACUUCACCAUGGACUUGACUUAGUCACUGCCAGCGCCGCCGCCGGAUCUAGCUCCGAUGCCGUUAGGGUUAUCGACCCUCCUCGCCGCCCUCAUUCCGGGAUUUGGUUUUCUCUUCAACCUUUGGAAUUAAACCAAGGGAAACAACCACUGUUGCCACAGAGAUCCAGCUACUUGAGAAUCAAGGAUGGAAAGAUGACAGUUCGAUUACUAAUCAAAUACUUGGUGAAAAAGCUUAGAUUGGAUAACGAAUUAGAGAUCGAGAUAAGAUGCAGAGGGGAAAAGCUUGAAGGUUGCUUGACAAUGCAGCAUAUUAGAGAUAAAAUUUGGUGCUCCAAAGACUCAGGUCUUACCACUUUGCUUCCAAAUUCCUCAACUAUUGAUCACAUUAUGGUUCUUCACUAUGCCAUUUUUCCUCGCACCCCUAAUUCUCCUUCUCCUUCUUAAUUAAUUUCUAAUAAUCAAAUUUUAUUAUCAUUAAUUAUCUCUCUAAUUAAUCUAAAUAUUUAAUCUCCGUCUCUCUCCUUCAAUUUCUUUGUCCCAACAUCCACAUAUCCCUAGCUAGGAUUUUCUGACUUUAAUUAACUGCAUUAUUAUUUACCCCCCACCAUCUCUUUCCUUAUUAAAAUUAUCAUGUAUUUUUCUCACCUUCCUAGUUUAGGAAUUAAAUUCAUAUCACAUCCGCACCUUUUCAUCUUAAUUGUAAUUAUCAUUUUCAUUUAUAAUAUCCAACUUAU